AAAUGAAAGGGGAAGAAAGAGUGAAAGGCAUUGGGAUGAGAUAACGAAUUGUGGCGCUAAACUAAAUUGGUUCGUUCAAAGUAAAGAGAAGAGAAGAGAGUAAUGGCUUGCAACAGUUUCUCUUGGCUCAUGCUUUCAUCCACCAACGCCAAACGCGUUCCCUUGUUCUUCGUCCCAACCUCAACCUGCUUCAAAUUCGAUGUUCCUGUUGCUUCCCAAAUCCAAUGGCAUACCCGCAGCAGAAACAUCCCCCAAAUCAAACGCCAUUGGGUCGAAGCUUCUGAUCAAUCGCUCGCGUCUCAAGAAAGAUUCAGCGUGGCGUCGUACAACAUACUGGGGGACAGAAAUGCUUCUCAACACUCGGAUUUAUACGUAAACGUUCCUUCUCGUUACAUCAACUGGGGCCGUCGCAAGAGGGUUAUUUGUGAUGAACUCUUUGGAUGGGACCCUGAUAUUAUCUGCUUACAAGAGGUGGACAAGUAUUUCGAACUCUCAGACAUUAUGGUUAAAGCAGGAUAUGCAGGAUCUUAUAAGAGACGCACUGGAGAUGCAGCUGACGGUUGUGCAAUGUUUUGGAAAGCUGAUAAGUUCCGGUUACUAGAAGGAGAGAGCAUUCAAUUUAAGGACAUUGGCCUUCGUGAUAAUGUUGCCCAACUUUCAGUUUUUGAGAUGUGUGAAUCUGACUCAAGAAGAAUGUUAGUUGGUAACAUCCACGUACUUUACAACCCAAACAGGGGAGAAGUUAAGUUAGGUCAAAUUCGUUUUCUCUCAUCAAGAGCACAGUACCUCUCAGAGAAAUGGGGUAAUACUCCCGUUGUGCUAGCUGGGGAUUUUAAUAGUACUCCUCAGAGUGGAAUAUACAAGUUCUUGUCAUCAUCUGAGCUUAAUAUCAUGCUAUAUGACAGAAAGGAAUUAUCUGGACAGAAACGCUGCCGUCCUGCUCAAGUUUUAGGCGAGAAUAAAGAAACAGUUGGUCCAAUUGUCGCACUAGAUGGCUUGUUUAAGUGCUGGACAGAUGAAGAGGUAAAACUAGCAACUGGAGAUUCCGAGCGUCAUUUGGCUGUGCAUCCAUUGAAGCUGAAUAGUUCGUAUGCAACAAUUAAUGGUUCAACUAGUACACGGGGAUUCAAUGGUGAACCCUUGGCCACUUCCUAUCACUCAAAAUUUCUUGGCACUGUAGAUUACUUAUGGUACUCAGAUGGUAUUGUACCUACAAGAGUUCUUGAUACUGUUUCAAUAAGUGAUCUCCUAAGGGCAGGUGGCCUCCCAUGCAAGAAAGUGGGAAGCGACCAUUUGGCCUUGGUUUCUGAAUUUUCUUUCUCAGUUACCAACAAUGAACCUACAGACAUAGUGGCAGCAGCAGCAUCACCUAUAGUAGAUAUUGGAGAGCCUAACAAUCAGCGGUCAUAAGAAAACAGCUCAGCAUUUGUGUUUGGAAACAGAUGUUUGCUUUCUUUGUGUAUUUGUCCUAUAGUUUAAAUUAUUUACUUAGCUUAGCACAAAUUUUUCGACACAGGUUGUAAUUUAGAUCAAGGUUGAAGUUAAGUUGUAAGAAUUUCUCAAUGUACCAUAAGAAGUUAUAAAUUCGAAGCGUAAGGGAAAAUCUUAUUAAAAAUUGAAUUACUGCAUUAUUGGUCA